AUGUUCCUAUGAAAAAAAAAGAAGUAUUUUAACAGUUGCAUGUAUGUAUGUCAUUUGAAACUUUGCUCUACCAACAAACUAUGUUUUAAUGGGAGGAGUUUUAAAGUAGUUUAUGUGUGGUAUUAUCAGUCAUCCUUUUACAAGUAGAUAGUGUAGCAAGUGCUCACACAUAUUGUGUUAUUUUAGAUUGGUUUGAUCCUCCUGCAGAAUAGUUUAGAUGUUAUUUCCUUAAAUUGCUGGUCCGUCUGUCAUACUGUUUUUGUUCAUGCCAGGUUCAUUUCAUGUUGAGGUACAAUUAAAAAAAAAAAAAUAAAACGGGGUCAUGAGAAGGACUGUCAAGUUGUCAAAUGAAGCAAUUAUUCUGAUGAAUGAAAUUUUAAAAUAGAAAUGUUUAUAUUUAUAGCUGCGUCCUAACAUUUUGUCUUGAAUUGCAUUUAAGAUAGGAUAAGUAGCAAUGACACACAAUGGAACACAAAAAAAGAAUAAGUUGUUUCCAAAUGAUGGUAGAUGUGAGAAUACCUUCAGGGUUAAGUAAAUAUUCUCAAGUGUUUACAAAAAUAAUAAGCUUGGUCAGCAGUUUUGUACAUCAUUUCAAUUCAAUUUCAUUGUGUUACAGUCUAUAUUGUAUAUACAGAUUUGGUUCAAUGAUUACAUUCAUAAUUAUCAUGCUUUUUUGUCUCAAGUGUAUCAGAGCUGUGGGGAUAAAAGUGAAUGAUUUAGAUAUACCUGUACUUGUAAAUAACACAGGUACCUGUUCUGUGACCACCGAGACAUCAUAUCAGUGUAUUGAUAUAACAUUAUAACUACUGAUACUGAUGUUACACCUGUACAGGUACAUGUGCUUAGCAAUGCAAGUAACAAAUUUAAAAUGAAUAUUUAUAUAUACCAGAGAUAAGAUCAUGAAAGUGAGUUCACUUUUAAUGAUGUGAAACUACAGGUAGAUGAAGAAGUUUAAUGUGGCUGUGCAUGAAAAAAGCUAAACGGAUAGAGAGCAAGUUUGUUUGCUCUGCCUGACUUUUAACAUGGAAAUGGAGAGGGGAUGAACCCUUUGAAUAAAUAGUUGUCAGCUAAUGUUGUUUGUUUCAAACUCUUGAUUUUUGGGACCAGACAGAGGGGGAAAAAAUGAGGGGGGAAAUUGGUUAUUUGCAGACAGCAGACUGAUGGGUUGGCCUUGUAGCAUGGAUGGUGAGUCAGAGUCUCAGUAAGUCUGGGUACAGACCGUGACUCUUAUCAGUGGGUGAAGCCUAGAGCCCAGCUACUGUCAAGGUGUCAAAGAUGACUCCCAAAUAGAGCUUCAAGUCAGCGAUGGUCUUGAAGGAAAGCAUCAGGGAUGAGAAUUAGGCUUGUAUAUAUACAGACAUAUAUCACUACAGAUGUGUUUGUGAACCUGAAAAAAUGACUUGAGGACGUGAAAAUACAAGCUCCUGGGAAUAUACACCCAAGACCGCCAUCCAUACAAACAAACAGCCAAACCUACACCGAAAAAAAACGAACCACCUUUAUACUUUGCAUAAAUUCCAGUGUUAAAUCAUUUAAUGAGGAAUUUUUCACCAAAUCAAAGCUACAUGAUCAUUUUGUAGACUUCAAUUUUUUCCAGAAAGAGGUUUUAAAACUUCAAAAUCAGAUUUAAAAGAAAAAAGGAAUUUUAAUGUAAAGUAUUUAAUUAAUUGCAUCAGGUAUGGAGCAGAUUUGAUCAGUUUACGGACAUGUUUUAGUGUGACAUGCUUCAGCUGGCAAUGUUCAUUAUUGAUGGCGAGAAAGAGGUUGGGAGCUGAUCAGUGAUUGUGUGUUAUCACCUCAGCAGUCAGAAGUACACAGUUUCUUGACAUGAGAGUGAGACCGUCUCGUCUGUUACGGAGCCUCUUUCUGGUUGUGCUGAUUCUCUUCGUGAUGCUCAACAUGCACGUGCUGUUGAAUUUCAACUCUCACCAUCCAGCCUCCAUAGACCCCCUCCUCUACAAACUCCGAAAUCCAGACAUCUACAUCAACCCCCACGUGCAGAUGGGCCACGAGAAACUGGACUCGUUCACUCCGCAGAGUAACGAGGCCAAACUCGAAGUAUUCAUCCCACCGCUCAUGUAUAAUCAGACUUUUUUUAAAGGAGACGUUCAAGAGAACAACCUAACACAAAUCAAACUAGAAAUAGACAGAGUCAAUAGGGAACAAUUCAUUCAUAAUUUGCACAAGUUUGGACUGAAGUUAAAGACAGACAGUGUUGUGAUGGUCAUUCAAGUGCACGAUCGGGCCCAGUACCUACAGAUCCUCGUGGACUCGCUGCGUAAAGUGAAGAAAAUCGAGGAGACCCUUGUGAUAUUUAGUCAUGACGUGUACUCUGAAGCUCUGAAUAAAAUUGUGCAAUCUAUAGAUUUUUGUCCGGUGAUGCAGAUAUUUAUGCCUGUGACUGCUCAACUUCACCCUAAAGAGUUCCCUGGUGAACAUCCCAACGAUUGUCCUCGUAAUAUCAAAAAGGCAGAGGCAGCAACCAAAAAAUGCAAUAACUGGGAGCAUCCCGAUAAAUAUGGACAUUACAGAGAGGCCAAAUAUUGCCAAACAAAGCACCACUGGCUCUGGAAGCUUCACCACGUGUUUGACGAGCUUGACGUGAUGAAGAACUACACAGGACAGGUGCUGCUCCUGGAGGAGGACUACUACCUCGCCCCGGACAUCAUCACCACGCUACAAAUGACACUCAACCUAAAGAAAAAAGAGUGCAAGGACUGCCGUAUGAUAACAGCAGGAAAUUACGACAAGGCUCAAAUCUUUUCGUCCAAUGCAGGCAAGAUGGAGUUAGCAUCUUGGAUUUCUUCAAGACACAACAUGGGGAUGACAUUUGCUCGAGAUCUAUGGAACGAAAUCAAGAAGUGUGCCAAAGAAUUCUGUAACUUUGAUGACUAUAACUGGGACUGGACGUUGCAGCAUCUAAGUAUGAAGUGCAUACCAGGCCAGAUCAAGUUGCUCAAGAUGAAAGCCACUCGUGUGUUCCAUAUGGGAGAUUGUGGAGUACACCACAAGGGAAAGAACUGCAAUCCCCAGGUCAAGAAAGCCCAGGUGGAAAACCAGAUCAACCAGAACCUGAAGCACCUGUUUCCCAACGUAGUCAGUGUAAACGGACAAUCACGCUUCAAGUUACGGGAUCCCAAACCUAACGGCGGCUGGGGAGACAUCAGGGACAGGAAUCUGUGUCUCAGUUUUGUGGACGGAGCUUAACUAAAAAUGGAGGGAAAGCAUUAUGUUUUAAAAUAUUCAGGGAACAAAUGCAAGAGCUAUGAAUGUGCAUUUAUAAAACAUUACACAGAAAUAGAUGCAUGUGCAUGCAGACACAGAGAGGGUUUAGCUCUAUAGCUCUAUACAAAUUCACUCAGUUCUUGGGGCCCUUGUUUUUAUAUAGUUGUUCAAUGUGAUUUCACCAAUUUUUGACUGUGAUGAUGUAAUAAAGGGCAUAGUGUUUUGGUCAUCUCAUCUUUGUUGCAGUCUUGUAUGGUAGGAUGAUGUUAUAACAUUAAUAUAUGCAGGAGAAGAAUGAAUGAUUUUGUUUGGCACAGUUUUUCUUUUUCAUAGCCCGGGUGUGCCAGAGCAAUUUUUAUGCAAUAAACGAGUGAAUUUUUUUUUGUUUUAGAUAAAUGUGUUCUGCAGUUUGAUGUACACGGUAUAAAUAGCAUAUCAAUUUUGUUAUAUUGUAUUUUUUUUUUUUUUUUUCAAAUUUUUAAUCUUGAUUUUUCAAUAUCGAUUGUUAAGUGGAAAAAAAAAAAUGGAUGGUGUUGUUUACCUGUUUAAUUCAAGUCAUUUCAAGGAGUUAUUAAAUCAGACUUAUCAACAGCAGCUUAAAAUUUAUCAGUAUAUAAUAGCAUUUAAUACAUACAUUCAGAACAUAUGAAAAUUUUUUGGGGGGAGGAGUUAAAAUAGAAAUUUAAAAAAACAGUUGAAUUCUUUUACAAAGGAGGUAAUUUAAUUUCUCUUUUCACAUAGUUGAAAAAGCAUUGCCAAAACUUCAUCAGCUUAAUAGCAGCAUUAGGAAACUAGCCGGUAACCCACAAACACAGCAAGUUCCGUAAUUAUGGGCCAAACUUGUAUCAAUACUAGUUCAGUUCCCAAUCAAACUUCAGCUAUAAGAUUCAUGUAUCUGUAUUGUUUAAAUACCAUUCACACUUUUUUGUUCAUCUCCCAAUGAAACGUUUAAUCCUACUCUGUGUAUAUUUAAGAUCGCAGAUAUGAAUUUUUUUUGUUUGCUAUUGCCUAUAUCAACAUUAAUAUUCUAAUAUUCAUUAUCAGACCAUUAGAAAUAUGAAACAUGCAUUUCCUUGACAUUUUUAAUUUAAAUUCAUAAACAGUAAUAAUUUUUACAGAUUGGACCAAACACAGAGAGAAAAAUUUUGUUUUGUUUUGUUUUUUAUAAGAUCACUUUGUUUAUUAAGUAGUUUGAGAGGUUUAUAUAAUUUAAACAUUGCAAAUGGCUCAAGAACGUAAGUAAGGCUAAAUAGCUGUGGUACUUCUUCGUAGUUUGAAUGAUUAACUCUUAAAAAAAUAUGCAUUAUGAUCAUUUGUUGCAGAUUAUGUUAUUAUUCUACAAUGUUAAAUGUGUAUUUGCUUAAUUUUCGAGAUCUCUGAACAUUGUGAUGGUGUGCUCAUGGUAACAUAAUUUCUUUAUAACUAAAAUUUAAGUUCUCUUUUUUUAACAGUUUUGGAGGGGCAGGGGUGUUAUAAAAUAAUAAAAAAAAAACAAGUUAAAUGUUUUAUCUUUAUAAUGAGCCAUCCAUACUUUGUCUUACUGUGCUAUUAAAUGUGAAAUCCUUGUUUUUUAGGUAUAUCUUUGUAAAAUAUGUAUGUGCCUUUGUCAUGAAUAAACACACACACUCAUUCAUUUUUUUCUGUGAUAAGCAUUGCUUUCUCAAUCAUUCAUGCAGUAAGUUUCUCAUGCCAAAUGUUAAUUGUUGGUUCAUGUUCAUUUUCAUAUCAAUUUUCUCUCUCUUAGUGAGUCUUUCAGAACUUGUGUAUGUACUUUUACAUGUAUUAGUUAAAACUAAUCGGUACAUGUUUGUAUUAGUUUGAAUUUCUGUUGAUGUAGAAAACCAUGGUAUGACCUUUUUUUAAUCUGCCAUACAGCGCAUGCACACCAGCAGCAUAUUGUAAAGUGAAAGUGGCAUUAUGAAAGUUU